CUCGCGCGUUCAAACUUCUCGUCAAAUUUUCUCUGGCUGCUGCCUGCCUGGAGCUUCCUCCCUAGCUUGCCUCCGAAGUUUCUCCUCCGCGUCCACACCAUUCCCUCCCUCCCUCCCUCCUUCCUUCCUCCCUUCCUUCCUUCACACUUUCCCUCCAUCUCUUCCGCCCCGUCUCCCACGCCUUUCGUCAACGCUCACCUCUCCCCUCUUUCUUUCCCUAUAUAAAACCAUGGCCUGAGCAGCAGCAGCAGCAACUCCUCCGUUUUCAGGGCAUUCCCAGAACUUAACUCUGUUCUCGCCAUCUCUAGCUCCUGUCCACGCACGACCCACGAUUCCCCUCCCUUCCUUGUGCUCUGUCGGCGUGCUUAGUGGGUGAAAUUCCCCGGCUUGUGGGUUGUUCUUGCGUUUUGGCUCGGGUUUGAAUCGAAUUCCGGGGGAAGGGAUCCGGAUACCGGCGCGUGGAGCUUUUGGGUCUCGUCAAGUUGGGUUUUUGGGAGAAAGUUUGUUCCGGCAGCGUGGAUUUAGUGCCGCAUUCGAUGGACGCGAAGGCUUCGGUGAGGUUUACCUUGGGGAAGCAGUCGUCCCUGGCGCCGGAGAGGCUGGAGGAGGAGUUGGAGGAGGAGUCGAGUGACGACGAGCUCGACGCGGGGAUUCAACCUGGAGUGAGGCUGAUGUACUUGGCGAAUGAGGGGGACGUGGAGGGAAUGAAGGAUGUACUGGAUACCGGGGUCGAUGUCAAUUUCAAGGACAUCGAUGACCGGACCGCCCUGCACAUCGCCGCGUGCCAGGGUUACGCGGACGUCGUCGCUUUGUUGAUCGAAAGGAAGGCCAUUGUCGAUUGCAAAGACCGAUGGGGCAGCACUCCUCUUGCAGAUGCUAUAUACUAUAAAAAACAUGAUGUGAUCAAACUUCUGGAGGAAAAUGGUGCAAAACCUUUGAUGGCACCGAUGCAUGUCAAACAUGCUCGAGAAGUUCCAGAAUAUGAGAUCAACUCGAAUGAUCUGGAUUUUACCAGCAGCAAGGACAUAACAAAAGGGACUUUCUGUCUGGCAUCAUGGCGUGGAACUGAAGUUGCCGUGAAGAAGUUUCGAGAGGAAGUGUUUGCAGAUGAGGACAAAGUGAGGGCUUUUAGGGAUGAGCUUGCAAUCCUUCAGAAGAUUAGGCAUCCAAAUGUUGUCCAAUUUCUUGGUGCUGUAACUCAAAGCAGCCCAAUGAUGAUAGUGAUGGAAUAUCUACCAAAGGGAGAUCUCCGUGAAUACUUGACAAGCAGAAGAGCACUAAGGCCAUCAAAAGCAAUUAGGUUUGCUCUUGAUAUUGCAAGGGGAAUGAACUAUUUACAUGAAAACAAACCAGCAAUAAUCCAUCGAGACCUUGAACCUUCGAAUAUUCUGAGGGACGAUGCUGGACAUCUAAAAGUCGCAGAUUUUGGAGUUAGCAAGCUGCUGACUGUCAAAGAAGACAGACCUUUAACAUGUCAAGAUACAUCUUGUCGCUAUGUUGCACCAGAGGUUUUCAAAAGUGAACAGUAUGAUACCAAAGUGGAUGUCUUCUCAUUUGCUUUGAUUCUGCAAGAGAUGAUAGAGGGAUGUCCACCAUUUUCUGCAAAGAAUGAAAUGGAAGCUCUUGAAGCUUAUGCUUCCAAAGAUCGUCCAUCAUUUACAGCUCCCACAAAGCAUUAUCCCCAUGGGCUUAAAGAGCUGAUUGAGGAAUGCUGGAAUGAGAAGCCAGCCAAACGGCCAUCGUUCAAGCAGAUAAUAUCAAAGCUGGAGCAUAUUCAGCGCAAUCAGGGCGUUAAAAGGCGAUGGAAGGUUCAGCCCUUUUGCUUCCAGAACUUUGAGGAGAUGUUGAGGAGAGAGCACUCCGAUCUAACCAGCCGUGCCGAUUCAUCUCGUUCCGCAAACAGCAUUUAGCGUCUCGUGUUUAUCACCAUAAAUUUUCAAUGUACGAAGCAUAUCUCCCACACCAGGAGCAUUGUUGGUACAUGCCCGUUAAAACAUUGUACUCUUAAGAGUAGGUAUUCAGCCCUUUGUAUUUCAUUUUCAAAUUGAGCUUCUAUAUGUACAGAAAGGUAGAUAUUUGUUUUCAUGAAGAAGAGGAAAAGGAAGGUGUUUGAUUCUUCCCUUUUUUUCUGGAUGUUUACCAUUUGCAUUUGCCAGAAUCUGUGGAUACUGAGAACAAGAGAUGAGCAAUAGAAAUCUGUGUAGUUGGUUCUGAA